AUGCUUGUGCUUUCGGAAAUGAUAAAUACAAGAAUAUUGGAGGAAUCAGUAAGUUAAAGUCCUUUCAAAAAGCACAUCAUAACUAAAUAUGUCGAUGCUAAUAAGUAAAAUUCGAUAUUGGCUAGUAGAACUAAGCUUGACUCUAUGAGGUUCAAUUAUCAGUUCGGAGUUAAGGACAUUGAUCAUAAUCUUGCUCUUAAAGCUUUUAUGACUAAAAAUAUUGAGAGAAGGAUGUUUAGAAAAACCCCACUUAAUCACGAAAUAGAGGUCUUGACAUAAAUGGUUAAAGACAAACAAUAGCAGAAUUUGCGAGACUAAAGUAUCGAAGACAUUGAGGAUUAAAUUAUAGCUAAUCCUGAUAGUUUUCUUAAAGAAAUUAGCCCAUAGUUUACCAUAAUGGAAAAGAUAAGCAAUUAAUUGACUCGUUUUAGAAACAAAUAAAUAUUUGAAGGGAAAUAAAUGGACACCGAAUAAGAGAUGAGCAAAAAAAGUAGAAUAGGCUAAAAUAAUCUCUACAAUGAAAACAACAAAGCAAGAAAAUUUAAUUAAGACGAUAAAUUUCUGCAUCAACAAUCACUGAGAUAUCCUUAUAUAAAAAAAUAUCUGGAAAAAGAGUAACUGAAGAUCUAGGAAUCUAGGUUUAAUAGUCAAAAAAGAUUUAUGGAAACAUAGAGUAUCAUGAACUCAAGAAAUUAAAUAGGCUUAAUUAAUCAUUCAAUUGAUAAUACUUCAAGAUAAGCAGAAGGAAAUCGGCUUAAGCUAAAUCAAACGAUUAUUGAUAAAAUAAAUGAGGAAUCAUCUAUUAUUCUAAAUCAGUCGUCUUAUGAUUUCGACUCAUAAUUCACACAAUCUGGGCCAAGGAUUAUUAACCUAACCGAAAGUAUUAGAAAUCUCACAAAUAGUCAUAGAGAGGAAUUAUUUUCUCAGGAUCUUAAAUCAACAAUUUCCAGAGCACAUAAAUAAAUAAAUGCUUAGAGCUCUAGAGCCAAAUCUCAUAUGAAUUAGUAUAACACAUAAAAAGCCAUGUUUCAAACUUAGUUCCCAGAAGUAAAGAAUAUCCAGUCAUAAUUGAUUCCUAUAAUAACAAAUAAGAUAUAAGCAAAAGAUCCAAUAAGUGAGCACAUUAGAACAAUCGUAAACUAAGGCUAUGAUAAAUAGCUGAAUCAACUGUUAGCAUUUAGCAAGACUAAAUUUUAAAAUAUGAAAUCUAAAAUGGAUGAUAUUAAUUUACAAGCAUCAAAUGCAGGAGAAACUCCAGGUGCAGCGAAUAUGCUCAUUUAUUGA